AUGGGUCAAAAGACGAUCAACUUUUAUAGGCAGAACGGGGAAUAUGGCAUAUUCAGUAAUUUCUAUGGGGCACCAAUUGAGAUUGAUGGAGAGCUUUGGCCCACAUCAGAACAUUACUUUCAAGCUCAGAAAUUCCCAAUACGCCCUGAACUUCAACAAAAGAUACGCAAUCUUUCCACACCAUCGGAAGCUGCCAAAGCCGGUCGACGACGAGAUUAUCCUCUCCGUGAAGAUUGGGAAUCAGUUAAAGAAGAUGUCAUGAUGAGAGCAUUAAUUGCAAAGUUUACGCAGCACGAAGACUUAAAAAGACAAAUUUUGGACACCGGCGAUGCCAAACUAGUGGAACAUACGGCUAGAGAUCGAGUAAGAGAUCAAUUAAGGAAAGAAGAGGUUGAGGCAGAGGAGACCGUAUGCGAUGAAACAAAAAUCGAUGAAACAAAAAUCGAUGAAACAAAAAUCGAUGAAACAAAAAUCGAUGAGAAUAAAGUCUCUGAUAGUACUUAG